AUGAAGUGGGUCGUCGAAUCGUCUCUGACGGCUGUCACCUGGCGGAGCGGAAAAACGGUGACUUUGCAGCUCUCUGGUGGUUGUCACCUGACGGAGAGGAGUUGGAUGGAGGUGGGGCGCGUGUCAGAGAACUUCAUCCUCAAGUCCGUGCAGCAAGAGGAGGCUCUUCAUCACAUCUAGUACACUCUUAGGAGGUGGCAACUCGUCUCCUGGUGGAUCGUCCUCUUCUCGACGACGGCUUGUUUGUCAAUCAAUUAGAGAUGAUUUACUCAAUGGAUUCGCAAUCCUUUUAUCGCGAAUCGUUCAACAAUUUUAGUAGCAAUGCUCCACAAAUCACGUUGACGAGAUUUUUGCCAAUGAUCCAACGAUUCUCGUUGCUUAAUCCUUCACCAAUGAUCUGCAGGAAAGUCACGAUAAUCAGAUAAGAAUAUAUGAAUUUUGACUCUAGGAGGAUUCGAACCCGCGCCGGUUGCCUGCCUUUGAGGAAGGUGUGACACGAGUUUAGUCCCACAUCGGUUGUGUGGCGAUUUUUCGAGCGAAUAUAUAGUAAUGUUAGCUUUCUCAACAAAGCCCUUUCUCUCGUGUGUACGACCACUCCUUGCCCCACAGCCAGCUGGCCACUGGUGACGCGGAAGGGGAGUGGCACACAUGUGUCCCUAUCAGUCCAAGUUAAGUCGCUCGAGCUUCUACUCGCGGCUGCUCCUUAA